AUGAAUCUUCGACAACUCUCAACGUCAAGUCGCUGCCGCCCUGUCGGCCGACUUAGCCAUGUCUCGAAUCGCUGCUAUACCCGUCCCUCGAUAGCUCCAAAACCCACUGUCGAUAUCAGACACAUCCGCAACGCUCCCGGUCUUUACGAGCAGAAUUGCAUAGCCCGUAACUACAAGCAGCAGUCAAAAAACUCAUGGGGCAUUCUCGAGCUACACGACAAGCUGCAACUGCAGCAGCGACACUCGCGAAAUCUCCGCGAACGUAACAAUGCUCUCCGACGACAACUGGCAAACCCAGCCACCAGGCAGGACCCUGCUCUACUGGAACAAGCAAAGCAACUGAAGGCCGAGCUCGCCGAAAUCGAUGCCCAAGACAAGCAGAUGAACGAUGAGAUUGAAGAGCUGGCUUUGGCACUGCCCAACCUGAGCAGUCUAGACACUCCAGAAGGUGACGUGCCCUUGGUCAAGGAAUACAUCAAUCAACACCCCGAUCGCAACCCUACACCCUCAGAUCGCGUCUGGCGCAACCACGUUCAUGUCGGCUCAGAGCUCGACAUGCUGGAUUUCACCGCCUCGGCCACAACUUCAGGCUGGGGCUGGUACUUCCUCAAGAACGAAGCCGCUCUGCUCGAACACGCCCUCAUUCAGUAUGCUCUCACCAUCGCCAUGAAGCGCGGCUGGAAGGUCGUCUCUCCUCCUUCAAUCGUCUACUCCCACAUCGCCCAUGCUUGCGGCUUCCAACCUCGCGACCAAAACGACGAACAACAAAUCUACGCCAUCACCCAGCCAGAAAAGGACAAGAACAAGCCUACCUUGUGUCUAGCAGGAACCGCCGAGAUCCCCUUCGCAGGCAUGAAAGCAAACACUGUCAUCGAGGAAGCAGACCUUCCGCUCAAGAUCAUCGGCGCAUCUCGCUGCUACAGAGCAGAAGCCGGCGCUAGAGGCAUCGACACAAAAGGCCUCUACCGCGUCCACGAGUUCACAAAAGUCGAAAUGUUCGCCUGGACCAUGCCCGAUAAUGUCGGCGACGAUCACUUCUCCGAACCCACCCCCUCGCCUUCAGCAGCCCUGUUUGACGAGAUGGUCGCCAUCCAGAAGGAAAUCCUUCAGAAUCUAGGCCUGCAUUGUCGCGUGCUGGAAAUGCCCACCACCGAACUCGGCGCCUCGGCAACCCGCAAGAUAGACAUUGAAGCCUUUUUCCCCUCACGCAGAGAAAAGGACCAAGGAUGGGGUGAAGUCACCUCUGCAUCUAUUUGUACAGAUUAUCAGACCCGACGUUUGGCUACUCGCGUCAAGACUGAAAAGUUUGGACGCAAGCAUGAGUGGCCGCAUACUGUGAACGGCACUGCUCUUGCUGUUCCUAGGGUUCUGGCUGCCAUCAUGGAGGCUGGAUGGGAAGAGAGCACCAAGAGCAUGCGUAUACCCGAGGUGUUGAGACCUUUCAUGGGUGGCUUGGAGAGGAUUGAGAGGAGUAAUCGUAUCAGUAUCCAGUAG